AGUACUUUGUACUUUUACUUAAGUACUGUUUUGGCACCAGUACUUUUACUUGUAAUUGAGUAUUAUUUCAGCAACGUAACAAUACUUGUACUUAAGUACAAAUUUUCAGUACUCUUUCCACCACUGGAAAUAGGCCCCAGCUUAUCCUUUGUCAUUCAAAUUUAACUCCAGUUAUUUAUUUAUACCAUGUAAGUUAGAAUUGCACAAAAGUGACACCUACUGAGAAAACAUGAAUAUCUUGUUGCCACCCAUUUGUGUUUAAUAGCUGUAAACAGGACGUUAUCAUCUCACAAUCUCUAUUUUCUAUCAUAAUCCUCUCUGUCUUUUAAUGGCACAGUGUUGCAGAUUAAAAACAUUAUUUAUUCCUACACUUAAAAGUUCUGGUCACUUGUCAUCAAUACAUAGUCUGAGUUAGGCAUCUUUUAGGGUGUAAGAGUCCAUUUUUAUGGGCACAGGUUCCUCUUGUUGGAUAUUGUAGCUGUUAACAUGAUCACAGGAAAAACUCACACUGCUUUGACAACAUGAGGUUGAUUAUACAAUAUAUAUUUAUUCAUACAGUUAUGAGUCUACAGAGAGUUUUAGAAUGAGAAUGAAAGUCUAGAAUUUUCUGAGCCUGAACUAAUGAAACCACUUCCUGUGUAGGGUUUGCACUAUUUAAAAACACGUUACACAUUAUAAAGAUCACAUCACCUCAUCUGUGCACACAUACUGUACUCUACUGUAAGUAAGAAAAAAUAAUGGAAUCAGGGACCUUUUAUGUAUGCAGAAAUAUUAAUAACAGAUCUGGACCUCGAACACAGAGACACUGUCAGGAUGAGGGAAAAGCUCGAAAGCAAAGAGGAAGUAGAUGUUUGGUGUUGAUCACAGUGAGUCUUGCGCUCAUUUGUGUUCUUCUGCUGGUCUUCAUCAUACUGCAGCACAACACCAUCACAGCAGAGAGAGACCUGAUAAAGAGUUACAAGAACACAGUUGAAGAGUUCAAUCAAACUAUCAACAGCUUACAGAACAAAUACAAUGGUGUCAUGAUUGAAAAAGACCAACUGCAGAACAACUUCAAAUCUUUGAGUCAGAAGAAACUGGAGCUGGAGACCAGAGUCAAUAAUCUCACCGCUGAGAAAAGCCAGUUACAGAGCAACUUCAACUCUUUGAGUCAGAAGAAACUGGAGUUAGAUAAUGAGCUGAAGAAAGAAUCUAAACACAGGAAUCUGUGUGGUCCAGUUUGUUAUUUUAUAUCCAACGAGCUGAAGAGCUGGUCUGACAGCAGGCAGUACUGCAGGGAUCAAGGUGCUGAUCUGGUCAUUAUCAACACUGAAGAGAAGCAGAGACACAUAUCUUCAUUAGUCAGUGAGAGAGUGUGGAUCGGGUUGUCUGACAUAGAGAACGAGGGCAACAUGACAUGGGUGGAUAAUUCAGCAGUGAAUCAAGAAUUUUGGCUUGAAGAAGAGCCAAAUAAUGCAGGUGGAAAUGAAGACUGUAUUGAACUGAUGCCUUCAGAGACCAUCAAGAACUGGAAUGAUCUGCCAUGCUCAGAGAACAGAAAAGGGAUUUGUGAGAAAUACACUGUAAAAAAUUUCCUGUAGAAAUUACUGUAACUUACUGGCAGCAGUUUGCCAGCAACUUACUGUAAAUUAAACUUACAGUAAAAAUACGGUAUUCAUAUUUACAGUACCAUUUAACUUGCUGUAAAUUUAUUUACAAUAUAUUUUUUACUGUAAAACAAUGUUAUGUUCUUUCCUCCAUUGAUAUAUUUUAAUACAAUAAAAAUAUUACUUUACACUGUGAAAUUUACUGUAAUUUGU